UUCAUCUCCAUGAAAGAAAGAAGAAGACGUCAGAUAACAUGCUAAGAUGUUGCUGGAGUGUCGAAGCUUCACUCUACCUCAGUAGUUCAUUCCUAAGUAUAAAGAACCAGGAAACCACAACAGUGGAGAAGACAUGCUGUGCACCUACCUGUGGCAGGCCUGACUGGGUUCUGUGCCUGCCUCUGCUGAAGUCUCGCACCUACACUUGGCAUAGGAGUCCUUCACCUGCUGGCUGGUUGCAGAGCAGACACAAUGGGCGUUGGACCAAUCUUAUCAACUUUGCUGAUGCUUACACUGGCCAAUCAGCUUUCUAUGACACCAGCUGCAGCACAAACGACCACAACUGUUGAACCAACAACAACAAUCACUGGAGUCACAACAACUGGAAGUUCAUCUACAACUGGAGGAUCAUCUACGACUGAUGCAUCAACUAGAGCUGGGGGUUCAACUACAACUGCAUGGUCUACCACAACUAGAAGUUCUUCUACAACUGGGGGAUCAACAACAACAGCUGGUGGGUCUACCACAACUGGAAGUUCAACUACAACUGAGGGAUCGACAACGACGGCUGGUGGGUCUACCACAACAGAAACUUCAACUACAACCGAGGGAUCAACAACUACAGCCGCAGGGUUUACCACAACUGGAAGUUCAACUACAACUGAGGGAUCAACAACAGCUGGUGAGUCUACCACAACGGGAAGUUCAACUACAAUAGAGGGAUUGACAACAACAAAUGCUGGGUCGACCACAACUGAAAGUUCAACUACAACUGGGGGAUCAUCUACAACUGAUGCAUCAACUACAGCUGGGGGUUCAACUACAACUGCAUGGUCUACCACAACUGGAAGUUCAACUACAACUGAGGGAUCAACAACAACAGGAUCAACAACUACAACUGCAGGGUUUACCACAACUGCAAGUUCAACUACAACUGAGAGAUCGACAACAACAGCUAGCGGUUCAACUACAACUGGAGGAUCAUCUACGACUGAUGCAUCAACCACAGCUGGGGGAUCAACAACAACAGCUGGUGAGUCUACCACAACUGGAAGUUCAACUUCAACUGAGGGAUCAACAACGACGGCUGGUGGGUCUACCACAACAGAAACUUCAACUACAACCGAGGGAUCAACAACUACAGGCGCAGGGUUUACCACAACUGGAAGUUCAACUACAACUGAGGGAUCAACAACAGCUGGUGGGUCUACCACAACGGGAAGUUCAACUACAAUAGAGGGAUUGACAACAACAAAUGCUGGGUCGACCACAACUGAAAGUUCAACUACAACUGGGGGAUCAUCUACAACUGAUGCAUCAACUACAGCUGGGGGUUCAACUACAACUGCAUGGUCUACCACAACUGGAAGUUCAACUACAACUGAGGGAUCAACAACAACAGCGGUUUACCACAACUGCAAGUUCAACUACAACUGA